UCUGUCAAAGGACCCGGCCCUUCCAACAGAAUGAUACCGAAUGCAACUUGCAAGAACUGGCAGGCAGCAGAGGCUGCCCUGGAAAAGUACUACCUUCCCAUUUUUUAUGGGCUUGAGUUCGUGGUGGGAGUUACUGGGAAUAUGGUGGUUGUUUUUGGCUACCUCUUCUGCCUGAAGAACUGGAACAGCAGCAACAUCUAUCUCUUCAACCUCUCUAUCUCUGAUUUGAUCUUCUUUUGUACCUUGCCUAUGUUGAUAAAAAGUUAUGCCUGGGGAGAGUGGACAUAUGGGAAUGAGCUCUGCAUAAUCAACCGAUACAUGCUUCACGCCAAUCUCUAUACCGGCAUUCUUUUCCUCACUUUCAUCAGCAUCGAUCGAUAUAUGCUCAUGAAGUAUCCAUUCCGGGAACACGUUCUGCAAAAGAAGGAGCUUGCUGUUAUAUUCUCUGUGGCCAUUUGGCUUCUAGUGACUUUAGAGUUACUACCGAUAAUUCUUUUCAUAAAUCCUUCCUCUGGUAGCAAUAGCACCAGCUGCAAUGAUUAUGCAAGUUCUGGGGCUGCCCAACUGAACCUCAUUUAUAGCCUGUGUCUAACCCUCUUGGGAUUCCUCAUUCCUCUUUUAGUGAUGUGCUUCUUUUAUUUCAAGAUUGCUCUUUUCCUAAAGGAGAGGAACAAGCAGGCUGCUAUUGCUUUGCCCAUUGAAAAGCCUCUCAACUUAGUCAUCAUGGCGGUUGUGAUCUUCUCGGUGCUCUUCACUCCCUACCACAUCAUGCGGAACGUGAGGAUUGCUUCGCGUCUGGAGAACUUGAGGAAGUCUGACUGUACAGAGGUCAUCAUCCACUCCUUAUACAUUAUGACUCGGCCUUUGGCCUUUCUGAAUGGUGUCGUCAAUCCUGUCUUUUAUUUCCUGAUGGGAGACCACUUCAGGGAGAUGUUCAUGAAUAAAAUGAGGCAUUACUUCAAAUCUUUUACAUGCUUUAGAAGAUGUACUCAUGAACUAAUGUGUUUAUUUAGGAAAAAAUGAGAUCCUCAGGAAACAUUGUUUCUCACACUUGCAAC